AAUGGUCCCUGCUAAAGUUAGUGGCCACAAUCACCUCACCCUCUCCAACUCUGGUUGCGCUGUGGCCUUCACCUCUCGCAAGAUCGAUGCUCGUCUUGCUUCAAAUCCAUCGCCGAUCCCUCCCCCGCGAGCAAUCGUAAGAAGCAGGGCCGCUUUUCCCUUCGAUUGUCGCAACUGGGUCGAUCAACGCUGCGCUUGAUGGCAUGCAGGCUACCGCUGGGACUAAGCAGAGCCUUCAGUUCAUCGGGAAUGUGUGAGUUGUUGUGAGGGAGUAGUGCUUUCGCGGAAGAGCUAUCGGGGAUGAUGUGCGUGUUAUCUCGGUCGUAACACGACGACGACGGCGACUAGACAACAGCAGCAGCAGCAUCGUCACUUGGGUACGAUAGCACGGGCGUAUAGAGGUUGGAGAAGAUUGCAGAGGUGAGGGGGAAAAUGGUGUGUUGAGCGGGUGGGGUAGAGGAGCAGAAGCGGCGUGGGGAGGCAGGGAUCAUCAUGUCGGCGUUAGAUCCCUUCUACCUCGUUCGUGAGGAGGUGCAAGACUCGGUGGUGAAGUUACAGGUCACAUUGGGGAGGUGGGAGCAGUUACCUUCUUCUGCUGCGGAGCGCAUUGUGCUGCAUAAGGAACUUCUUUCUGGUUGCGAGAGUAUCGAGUGGCAGGUGAACGAGUUGGAUCGAGCAAUCGGCGUCGCAGAAAGGGAUCCAGCUCGAUUUAGUGUUGAUAGUGCUGAGAUUGAGCGCCGCAAGAAAUGGACUGCCUCUACGCGCAGCCAGGUGCAGUCUAUCGUGGAGAAGUUAUCAGUUGUGGUGGAGAAGAACACUGAAGCAAGCAAUGGUCAGAUUAGUCGUCGAGAGUUGAUGAGAUUGGAGAACCAGUAUCAACCCACUUCCAAUCACGGAGUAGAUGACGUCUAUGAAUCUGAUCGACAGGCUCUCAUUUUGAAAGAGCAAGAUGAAGACUUAGACGAUUUAAGCGCAACUGUGGAGCGUUUGGGUGACGUUGGUCUCUCAAUUCACGAAGAACUAUCAGUGCAGGGACAUCUCAUGGACGAACUAACAAAUGACAUGGAUAGCACUGCUAACCGACUUGACUUCGUUCAGAAAAGAAUUGCAGGAGUAUUGAAGAAGGCAGGUUGGAAAGGACAAGUUAUGACCAUUGUAUUUCUGGUGGUCCUCUUGCUAAUUCUUACUCUUCUUGUAUUUUCAGGUUAAUCCCCGUCUUCGUGUCAGACGAGCAUACCACAGUUGUAGUCCGUGGAUGACGCUCAUAUUUGUAAAUCGUUUAACCCUUAGUCAUAAACUUCUAAUUAAGAAACAAAAUUGUUUCUGAUGUCCUUAUUUCCCAAUCUUUCUGUAAUACAGCCGUUCAAUGGAAUCACCGAUGAAGAGCACAACCCGCUAAACCAGAACCAAAUGAUUUGGAUUACUCUUCUCUUGUUUUUAAA